GUCAUUUGGAACGCAAUCGCCGCUGGAGCGCUAGUGUCGUGCGCGCUCAGUUUCCGAACGAAGUUUAGUGCUCGCGAAAAUAAAAACAAAACGUUCUCUUUUCAAAAUUUCGAAUUUUGAAAGUGUAGUGUGUGUUCGAAGUAGUGUUGGAGGCGUGUACAGUUUUAUUAUUAUCACAGUGACAAACGAACAUUUACUACUAGCCACUUAUCAGUGAAAAGAUAGGUCUAACUAGUAAACCAAAGAUAAACGAUCGUAAAUCGAUGCAGAGACCAGCAAAGAAUAGACUGUUCCAAACGCAGAAAGUGCAUUCCAUUUAAAUGCCGCCCACGGAGACGGGUCGCGACGGCAUGUUGUGCCUGUCGAGACACGAAAACUGUCAUUGGGACGAAGCCCUGAAGUCCGCAGAGCUGACGUGGUCAGGGCUUCAGUAUUCCUGCCUAAAGAUCCUCCAGUUAUACUGCAGGGUCUUCGAAAGAGAAGAUGUCCUGGAUAUGGUCAUUAGGAAGACAUGCAAGUCGUGCGGCUGCGACCGGCUGUCGCACUCGGUGUACCACGAGGAGCUGGGCUCGGUGCGCGAGCGGCUCGGCCUGCGCGAGUCGCGCGUCAACCACCACUCCUACGACAGCCCGCCCGGACUCACCGCCAAACAGACGGAGCUUUAUUGGACGUCUCUCGCCGAGCGCGCGCCGACCGGCGUAGGUGGCGCCACCGGCGCAGCGGCAUGGCGCGCGUGGAGGACCCGGGCCCUCGCUAUCCAGCUGCCGAAGCAAGAUCUCUCGCUAGCACAUUGCCGACAUAUUGAUGAAGUGCAUCGCAAGCAAUUCGAAGACUUCGUCUCGGCUAGAAAUGAAAUUGCACUUGACAUUGGUGUCGCACAACAGCACCAUGGAACCUCAAUAGAAUGUAUGGGUUGUACCAAACCCAUACGAAGUGGAAGCAUCGCCAUACAAGCGCCAAGACUGGGUGAAGAGGCACCUUUCCACCCGUCGUGCUUCGCGUGCGCGGACUGCGGCGAGCUACUGGUGGAGCUGGCGUACUGCGCGCUGGACGGGCGGCUGUACUGCGUGCGGCACUACGACGAGCGGCUCAAGCCGCGCUGCCACGCUUGCGAUGAGCUCAUUUUCAGUGGCGAAUACACCAAGGCGAUGAACAAGGACUGGCACAGCGGCCACUUCUGCUGCUGGCAGUGCGACGAGUCGCUGACGGGCCAGCGCUACGUUCUGCGCGAUGAGCACCCCUACUGCAUCAAGUGCUACGAAAGCGUCUUCGCCAAUGGCUGCGAGGAGUGCAACAAGAUCAUCGGCAUCGACUCUAAGGACCUGUCGUACAAAGACAAGCACUGGCACGAGGCGUGCUUCCUCUGCGCGAAGUGCCGCGUGUCGCUGGUGGACAAGCAGUUCGGCUCCAAGCUGGACAAGAUCUAUUGCGGGAACUGCUACGACGCGCAGUUUGCCAGCCGCUGCGAUGGCUGCGGCGAGGUCUUCCGCGCUGGCACCAAGAAGAUGGAGUACAAGACCCGGCAGUGGCACGAGAAGUGCUUCUGCUGCGUAGUCUGCAAGAACCCCAUUGGCACCAAGAGCUUCAUCCCCCGUGAGCAGGAGAUCUACUGCGCCGGCUGUUAUGAGGACAAGUUCGCCACCCGCUGCGUCAAGUGCAACAAGAUCAUCACGCAAGGCGGCGUCACGUACAAGAACGAGCCGUGGCACCGCGAGUGCUUCACGUGCACCAACUGCAACACGUCGCUGGCCGGCCAGCGGUUCACGUCGCGCGACGAGAAGCCCUACUGCGCCGACUGCUUCGGCGAGUUGUUCGCCAAGCGGUGCACCUCAUGCACCAAGCCCAUCACUGGCAUCGGCGGCACGCGCUUCAUCUCGUUCGAGGACCGCCACUGGCACAACGACUGCUUCAUCUGCGCGCAGUGCAAGACCUCUCUCGUGGGCAAGGGCUUCAUCACCGACGGCCAGGACAUCAUCUGCCCCGAGUGCGCCAAACAGAAGCUCAUGUAAAUACUCCAGACGCACGCUUGCUAACGCUUGCCUCUCUCGGACCGCUCUGUGUCUGUAUUAUUUACCACCCCCGAUUGUGCCAGCGGGGUGACAAAUGACGAUCGCACGAAACGAAUCAUCUGAAUAGUCAUUUGUUUUCUUCUAUCACGCAACUAAACCCGACCGCGUCACGUCUCCAUCCCAUUCGAAUUGUGACUGACCAAGAUUUUUGUGAUUGUGCAGCGAAAACACCAUCCUACCGAUAGUCGCUAAAGCCCGAGACUGGUGCACGUUAAAGCAACCGUCGAGCAACGCCCGUACGGCCGACCCUUAGUUAUUUGUUACUUAGAAGCGUUGUUGACGAUAUUUUUUAUACAAAAAAUCUAAAAAAUAACAAAAAAAAUGUGGAUGCACAAAAUAUGUAUUAAGUAUUAAUUUCGCUUUUCUACUGAACUUUACUUAAGGUGUUUAUAUAUUUUGACUGUCUAGUUUGAGAUAUUGUCACUAAUACCGCGCGGUGAUUUCAUCCACUUUAUUUAUUAAAUUAUUGAUAUCUCCUAUUCAUGCUAAUGCCAUAUAGUUUCGCUUUGGCUGUUGUAUUAGUCAUUUAGAUUAUAUUGUCAAUUUACCUAGUGCGAUUCACACGAUGCCUUAAUAACAUAUCUAAGUCAAUUUCAAGGGUAGGAAGCAUAACUUGAAUGUAUAAUACUAUAUCUUCUUAGAUCCUUAUCUUCUGGUGUUGCCAGAUUCUUGAUUUUAUAUUAGACAUUUCCGAAUGGAAUGUAUUAAGUGCUUGUCAUUGUUAAAAUGCGUAACAUAGUUUUUAAGAAUACUAUUGACAGAGUAAUUAAUGUAUGUUUAAGUAUUUAUUAUAACGGGAGGACGCACUUAUUAUUGCCGCCGGCCCGCCAGGCCGCCUGUCGGGCCGGCGUCACUCUAACACUUACUUAAGUGACGCGAGUCAUCUAGUUUUUGCUAAUAAAAAUUAAUAAUAUAAAGUAUUUUUGUUCUCGAAUAGGCAUCACUUGUAUUACAAUAAUGUAAUUGAAUGUUAUCGAUAUUUUUACAUUUUAAUGUUAGCAUAGUGACACCUGCGUCGAGCGACCGACCACCAACCUGGGGAACACUUAAGGGUUACUGUUAAGGGUUAAAUUAUUCGAAUGUUGAAUAAUAUUAAUUUAUAAUAAUGUGUACACAUUUAAAUUGCUUAGCUGUGUGAUCUGAUCUAAUUAAAUCUUUGUAUCUAUCUACCCAUAGAAUGUAAACUAUGAAACUGAAAUAAAUGAUUCAAAAUAACUGAA